AUGGCGGGUGUACCUAGCAUAGACGACCCCUCACACAUUGCGCGGGGAUAUGGCGACUCUUCGCAGCUGAAUGUCGGCGUGAGCGACUUUGCGACGAGCGGUGGACAGCAUGCGCGCCCUGGCAGAUUCGAAGAGGACUUCGACGCGCGCACCAGGGGCUCCUCGGUCAUUGAUGGCGGCCACGUGCCGCAACGCUCAGCUUCCAGGGGUUCCAGGGCCUCGUCCACUCUGAGGGAUUCGACGCUGAGCCAAGGCGCAACGCCAUCGCGCAGCGGAACACUGAAGAAGAAGGGUUCGGUCAAGAGGAGCGGCAGCCUGAAGCGCAGUGGGAGCAGGAAGAGCAUCCACGCUGGUAGCAUCCGUGGUGUGACCAUCGAUGACCAGGAGCACGGCUAUGACCGCGAGGAGAGCGUCUUCUACACACCUGUGCCCACCAAGGGCUCCCCUACCGACAUCUUGGCCGACCGAUUCCAGACUUGGCGCAAGUUCCUGAAAGACCUGAUCACUUACUUCCGCGAAGUCUCGUCCUCGUACGAGCAUCGCGCCAAAUCACUCCUCAAAGUGUCCAACGUGAUCAACAACACGAAUGCGCCGGCGUCCUUCCUCGGCGACGGCGGCUUGAACGACGCAAACCGCUUCCUCCGCGACUUCCACAAGCAAGCUGUUGUCGAGGCCAACAAAGCCAGGGAUAUUGAGGCGGAUGUCAUCAACCAGCUGAGCGGCCUCCGCGCAGACCUUGCCCAGAAGAUCAAAGAGAUCAAAUCGCUGUCCGGUGACUUCAAGAACAAUGUCGAAAAGGAGAAAGAGAACACAAGAAAAUGCGUGGCACUCCUGGAAGAAGCUCUUGCCGUAGUCGAUUCGGAUCCCUCUGCAAUCGCCGGCAAAGGAGAUCCCUAUGUCGUGCGUCUGGGAGUAGAGCGUCAGGUCGAACGACAGAUCGACGAGGAGAACUACCUGCACCGAGCGUACCUGAACCUCGAGAACUCUGGACGCGAACUCGAGUCCAUCGUCGUCGGCGAGAUCCAGAAAGCGUACAACGCUCUUGCCACGAUUUUAAAGCGCGACGCUGACGAGUUGUACUCAACCGUCGAGAAGCUCCGCACUGGUCCAAUUGCUAUGCCGAGAGAUCAGGAGUGGGGACGAUUCGUCAGGAGCGACGCUCACUUCGUCAACCCCGACUUGCCGCUGCGCAGAUUGGAGGACAUUGAAUACCCUGGCAAACAUCACCCAGCUACUACAGAGGUCAGAGCUGGUAUGCUCGAAAGGAAGAGCAAGUAUCUGAAGAGCUACACACCCGGCUGGUACGUUCUGUCGCCGACUCACAUUCACGAGUUCAAGUCUGCGGAUCGAAUCUAUACCCAGCCGCCUGUCAUGUCUCUGUACUUGCCGGACCAGAAGCUUGGCUCGCGUUCUCAACCUGGUAGCUCGUCUCAUAAGUUCGUGAUCAAGGGUCGCCAGGCUGGAUCUAUGCACCGUGGACACACCUGGGUAUUCCGUGCCGAGACUUACGAGACCAUGAACGCCUGGUAUGACGAUAUCCAAACCUUGACCGAGAAGAGCGGCGAGGAGCGAAACGCUUUCGUACGCCGGCACGCCAGUGUUAGGAGCGCCAGCGCGGGCAGUGCGCGCUCAGCUAGCUUCGAUGGUGGCCUAGAGGAAGACGAGGCAGACGCUGUUCCGUACUCCGCGAACCAGUCGAUGGUCAACCAGCCGAGGGAGCAGCCACCGACCAGACCUUCUCCAGGUGGGCGAUUUCCUUCGGAUCUUGCAGUGAAUCGUCACUUACAAGAACCUCUCUCACCAUCUAGUGGCAGCUCGGACUUCGGACAUGAUAUAAAUACCGCUUCCGGAGAGCCUCAACAAGCCGGUGUGCACCCUAUGUAUCUUGCGAACUCGACAACCACCCAACCUGCCCUGCAACACCAGGAGCCUGCCUACGCAAACGGUGAAACUACACAGCAACGCCAAGAACCCUCAUACAUGAAUGCUCAGCCCACGCAUCAGUCGCAAAACCAGGGCAACAUAUACACCGACCCUUAUACUUCCAAUUACGGAACUCUGCCGAAUCAACACCAGCCGCUACGUGACUUCCCUCACAUCAACCCCUACACGAGCCAGGCUCAAUCCUCUGGUGCUCAGCCAAGCCAGGAACCUACAAUUGAGCGCCACGAUAGCACUUACGGAGGAUGGAUGGCUCCAGCUGCUGGCGGAGUAGCAGCCGGCGCUCUAGCUGGGGAAGCCUAUCGCCGACACCAAAGCACGAAAGAAGAGCAGACACCACAGGGUCGUGAGGCAGAGCAACAGUACCAGUCACCUCAAGUUGAUCAGCGUGGCAUCCCUAUUGACGAUCUCGCUGGUGGCACACAGGCUCAGCCGCAGCACCACGUUGAUGACUUCACGGGCGGCACUAAGGCGCAGUCUCAGUAUGAGAACGAUACUGCUGCACCUGAAAUUCCCCAGCCGUAUCCUGACCACGUGGGCUCCGGGCCUAUCGUUCACCCUGCCACUAUCAUCGCCCACCAGGGCCAGCGUGGCUUUGAAAGUGGUGUCGCUACGCCGACGCCCAACAAUAACUCGUCUUUUUUAGAUGAACCUGAGGCAGUUCCCGCCGCCACUUCAGGUCAGACUGUGAACGGCGGCCCCGUGCCCGUUGAGCUGGUUGAGACUGCCGAGAAGCAGGCGUUUCCUGGCGUGCACCGGACCAACACGGACAUCUCGGUGUCUGACUUGCAUGUGCCGGGCGAGUUUCCGAAGAUACCAGGAACGCCAGGAACCUCAAAUGGGACUUUCUUGAGUUAUGCAGAUCGUUUCUGA